AUGUUAAAGGGGGAAGGGUGGUCCAUCGACCUGUUCAGUGGCGCUAAGUACGUGCUGGUAGUCAAGGACGACCUUACCCACUACUGCGAGCUCAUUGCAUGCGAUGGUCUCACGAGCCAGAGAACGCAUUUUAAAAACGUGGCCAUGAAGGCGUUGGCCCACAAGUUCAAGCGGAUGAACCGCGACAUCCUUCAAGUGAUGCAGGUCAUACUGCGAGAGUGCCAGCUAGCUGAACAAGGUGGUCCAAGCCAACCUCAACCAAACACAGGCCGCGUCACGGGCGAGCAAGUCGCCUAUGGAGCUGUUUACGGCUUUAAACCCGGUGAAUGUCGUCGUGGUGGGCAUGAACAAGGAACUCUGAGAAAGCGAUUGGAUAUCCCCAAGAACCUGGACAAGCUGCGUGCUAGCCUGCAAGUCAUGCACAAAGAACGGUGCAAUGUCAGCGAAGGCGAUUUUGUGCUCUGGUCCCGCGUCGACGAACGAUACCAUCCCAAGCUGCUCGUAACCUGGACGGGCCUCUACCGAAUCAAGGAAGUGGGCGAAUUCUCCGUCGUGCUGGAGCAUCUGGUGACUCUCGAGCUGCGGGAAGCCCACACGUCGAGAGUCAAGCUCUACAUCGAAUACAGCUUUGAAGUGACUGAAGAGAUCCUUGAACACGUUUCCGAGCAAGGGAUCAUGCUGAAGGAGCCGCUGCAGAAGCUCAUGCAUGAACGCCUGGCCAUGGUGAGGAACUACGUUGAAGGCGUGAAGAAAGCGAGGGAGCGCGAAGAACUAGCGAUGCCCAGUGUGUCCGACUUGGGCGUCAUCACCAUCCCUGCCGGACGGUUCAACUUCAACUCCCAGACCAAAGCGGACUGCCGACUCAAGUUCCGUUUCGGUAAGACCGACAUCCCCGAGCUCGCACGCCUUCUUGCCCCCCCCGAUCCCUUCAUCACCAAGGCCCGCUACCACGCGACUGCUGUCGAGGCCAUUUGUAUCAUGCUCAAUCGCCUGGCGUGGCCUCAUCGUCUUGGCUCCAUGGUUCAAAUAUUUGUUCGUAGCAGAGAGGCGUUGUUUGCACUUUCAAACGCGGCAAAGCUAUAUGCGUAUGAGCGAUUCGGCCAUCUCCUCGACUGGGACUAUCAGCGGCUCGACAGCCAUUGGAUGCAGCGCUACGGUGACGCCAUUUACAUGCAAGGAGCCCCUCUCAAGACCUGCAUUGGACUUAUUGACGGCAUAGUUCGGGGAUUUGUCGUCCAAGCAAACCAGCGCAAAAGCGCAAACAUGCCCUCAAGUACCAAGCUGUAA